AUCAUGAGUUGUUUACGCAUAAAGAAUCACGACAUUGACUGAAAACAUGGAUGUCAUUUUGUGGGUUUACAGCUAUUAUCUGCGAUUUUUCCAAAAAUGUUAAGGAUCCUCGUUAUUGGUUUGACAUGCAUAUUAUCAGCCGUAUUGUUAGAUAGAUGCAGUGGAUUACAAAUGGUUGGAAGCUGCACUUUUCAAGAAUACAUCAACAAGGCUCGACAAUGUACAACAGAGUUUAUUGCAGAUCUACAAAAGGAUCCUUGCGUGGAUUGCAAGGUAAUUUAUAACAGAAUGGUGGAGUGUACCAAGGAGUAUGUGAGGGAUUGUGUCAGAGACCAUGUUCCAGAGGAUGAUAUUGAAGCUUUUUUGACAGAGGCAGCCAAGCAACUGAAAUCUGAAGAAUUUUACUGCAAAGAUGGAUUGUUUUCCAGGCCAAUUCUGACAGACGAGCAAAAAAGAGAAAUCCCUUGCAACGAGACAUUUUACAACGAAUCCAGAGCUUGUGGAGACACAUUCCAAACGAAGUUUAGAAAUGACAGGGCAGAUAAAAGUCUUUGCAAGGAAUUCACAGACGCAAAGUCAUGUUUAAAGGAAGCAGUUGAUCAACAUUGUCAGUUUGACGCAGACGCCACAGAAAUACUGCAACCGGCAUUUGAUGGGUACAAUCCAUUCUGCAAUGUUUCAUCCGACGAGGAAGUUAAUGAAGGGAAUCAGCCAGCUGAAGGUUAUUACUCACUGGACCCUCAGUCGAAUGAAGAAGAACUCACAGGCAUUGGUCAAUGUUCUAUAAUCGCACAGCUAAACAGAACCAGACAGUGUAUUACGUUUUUUAUAAGAAGCCUACAAGAAGAUCCCCAGGGAAACUGCAGCGUGAAGUACACUUACAUGCAAGACUGUAUCGUCUGCAUGCUCCGAUCCUGUCUUCGGAGAUAUGGAAUCAUCUCUGAGGCUGACAUUGAAGUACAAGUUGAGGAGUCCUUGAAUCACACAAGCCCCGAGAAUUUUUACUGUCGCGGCAUGUUAGAGGCACCAAAGGGCUCCCCGAACGAUGAAGACCUUCAGUGCGAUGAAGGCUUCUUUGAAGAGGAAGUAAAAUGUCUGAAGGAAUUCAACGAUACUUUUAAUGCCAAUGUUUCGGAUCCGACCCUUUGCAGGAAAUUCUCUGAAUCUAAACAAUGCCUCAGAGAUCUCAUCACAACAAAUUGUUCAAGUGGCAGCAGAACAUCUUCGCUUGAGUUCGCUUUGGUAUUUGAUGAUUACAAUCCUUUUUGCUGGGGAAGCACAGAUCAGGAACAAGAUGCAGCGCUCCCGUCGCCUACAGAAGAACUGAGUGAUCCAUGUUUAGCUGAGUUUCCAACAGCUUCCUUAAUACGAUCAAGAGGAAGAAGUCUGUCUCAGUCUCUCUCUUUAUCACUUGUCUUCUUUACAAUCUUCUUGGCUACUUGACAACGCCAAAAAGUCCAGUACAUCAUAAAUAAUUUAUUUAUGCAAAAAUAUUAUUGAUCGAUCUUCCGUAUUUUGCGGCAAUAUCUAAUGAAGCUUCAUAUUUAACUGUAACUAAAUACCAUAAAUACCAACAAGAGUGGUUGUCUUUGUUGAGCACAGUACUUGUGUUUCAUGGCUUCUUUGAUUCAUUUCGCAUAACAAAACGGCAAAAGCAAACAAAUAAAUACAUAACAAAAAGG